AUGAAUCGGACAACGAGGACACGGAGCCCCAUCCGGCAUGGCAAAGUACCUUCAUCUUUACCAACUACACUAGCUGCAUAUGGCGAGUUGAUGAGAGUUCAUCGACCUUUGGGCUUCUACCUGAAUACUUCCCCCUAUAUUGUGGGUGUCGCGUUUGCGGCCUCUGUCUCUUCUACUCGAAUACCGCCGAAUAUUAUUGCAUAUCGCACUGUGCUUCUGGUCGCUUGGUCCUUCUGCCUUCGCUGUGGUGGGUGUGUUUGGAAUGACCUUAUUGAUUCAGAUUUGGAUUCACAGAUCUCGCGAACGAGAUUAAGACCUAUUCCUCGUGGGGCGGUAUCGAAGACCGAUGCCACUCUGUUAGGUGUCAUCGUCUUUGCGUGCGGGUGGUAUACGGUGUCUUUUCUACCGCGGAGCUGCAUGCUGGAUGCCUUGAUCAUCACAGUCUCCGCAUUGGUCUAUCCCUUCGGCAAAAGAUUCACAGAUUACCCGCAAUUGACUCUAGCCAAUAUCGGUUGGGCGGUCCCUAUGGCUGUGCACAGUUUUGGAAUGGACCCUCUUGCUCUACUUGUGCCCACUAUUUGCAUGUAUAUGUUUAUCGCAACGGUGAUCAUCAUGGUGGAUGUGAUCUACUCGAGACAAGACACUGAAGAAGACACGAAAGUUGGCGUCAGAAACAUGGCCGUGCGAUUUCGGGACAGCAUUCAUGUCGUGGUAUAUUCUCUUCUAUAUGCGUCUACAGCUUUUCUUGCCACCGCGGGUGCUUUGACUGGGCUUGGGUUACCAUUCUUCAUCAUCUCAGUCGGGGGCCACUUUGUCGGCUGCUCGAUUCUACUACAAGCGACACGGUUUGGAAAAUCUUCAAAGGUGGAAGCCUACUCCAAAUCUGCUUUCUUCCUUGCAACUGUGUUUUGGGUGCUAGGUUUUGUUGCUGAGAACUGCAUAAAUGGCUAA